CAGUGUUGCGGAAUGCGCCAAUCGAUUUCCGGUUGGACUGCAGUGCGGGAAUUUUUGAGAAGCAUCGAGGAUAUCUUGGAAAUAACAACAAAGUCAACGAGAUGCCCCCUAAAGCCAAGGCAGCAGGGAAGGGCAGAGGACCAGAAAAGAGAAAGCUUGCUGAGGAGUUCCCCCCUGGAGAAGUACUUACAGAUACUGGCAAGAAGUCCUGGAAACUGGGAGCCCCCAUUGGACAGGGCGGCUUCGGACUGCUCUAUCUGGCCGAUGAGAAUUCAUCUAAAACGGUUGGUGCUGGUGCCCCUUAUGUCAUCAAAGUGGAGCCCAGUGACAACGGACCACUGUUCUCAGAGCUCAAGUUCUACAUGCGAGCUGCCAAGCCGGAUCGAAUUCAGAGUUGGAUGAAGUCUCACAAGACAAAGUAUUUGGGAGUGCCAAAGUACUGGGGGUCUGGACUGCAUGAGAAAGGAGGGAACAGGUACAGGUUCAUGGUGAUGGACCGGUUUGGGACGGACCUGCAGAAGAAGUUUGAGGAGAGUGGGAGGAGGUUCCCCCGAAAACUGGUCUUGCAGCUCGGACUGAGACUCCUUGACAUUCUGGAGUACAUCCAUGAGCAUGAGUAUGUCCACGCUGACAUCAAAGCAUCCAACCUCCUCCUCAGCCACAACAACCCCAAUCAGGUUUAUUUAGUAGAUUAUGGGCUGGCCUAUAGGUACUCUCCUGAAGGCAUACUGAAGGAGUACAAGGAGGACCCUAAGAGGUGCCACGACGGGACCAUCGAGUUCACCAGCAUCGACGCACACAAAGGAGUCUCACCUUGUAGAAGGAGUGAUCUGGAGAUCCUGGGGUACUGUAUGGUCCAGUGGCUCUGUAGUAAAUUGCCCUGGGAAGACAAGCUGCAAGACUCCCUCUACGUCAGAGACUCAAAACUACGAUGCAGAGAUAACAUCUCAGACUUCAUGUCACAAUGUUUCUCCUCACAAGACAAGCCAGACGAACUUCAGAAGUUUAUGGAGGAGGUGAAGACUCUAAGCUACACAGACAAGCCGGCCUAUCAGAAGCUCCGGUCCAUUCUGGAGGCGGGGCUUAAGUCGAUCGGCGCCAAAGAUGACGACAAGCUGGAGUUCUCAUCGGUCAACGGAGUCGGGCCAUUGUCCUCUGUCGAGAAGACUCCCAAAAGAAAGAGAGCGGUAGAUUAUAAAGGGGAGGCUAAUGACGAGACCGACGGCACUCCCGCCAAGAAAAGAAAAGCUGAAAAGAAAGAGGUGAAUGGAGUGAAAAGGGUAGUCAUCCCCAAGAAGAAAGCGACCCUUAAAAAGACUGCUGCUAGCCCGAAGAAGAAGCCUGCUAGCCCCAAGAAGAUACUGGUGGAGAUGGCUACUCAGACCACUCCUGGCCUGAAGAGAGGCAGAGGUAGACCCAAGAAAAAGGCAGACCCAUUAGAAUCAGAAUGAGUUGUACUUAUCAUUCUGUGUUCCAGCCACCCUUUAAUUUGAACUACUUUGCAGAUAUGAAACAAACAAUCAUAAUAUCAGUCCAAAAGAAAAUGUCAAAUUCCCAGUUUACGCUACAAAAUCAACUUUGUAACGGUUUUAAAUAUAGCUUCUAUUUGACUAAACAGUCCAUGAUGUAGACUAAGGCAUUGUUGGCAGAAUAGAUGGAUGCAGUUCAAUGCAUGAUUCAUUUAAUUCACCAAUACAUUUCUUGGUAGUCCCAAAAAUAUUGCUAUCAGGUUGUAAAUCACAGCUGGCCUGGUACAUUGUUUGCUGCCUCCAUUCAGGAUGCACCGUUUUAGUUUCAAUGACUCAAUAUUUUGGACCAAAACGGAUGAAAUGUAACUAAGGAUAGGACUAUCAAUACAAUCGAACUAGCAAGAGCAAUGAUCACAAGUCAGUCAUAACGUGGCUAAUAGGCUAGCGUAUCUACUCAUGUGUCAAGCUAAAAACGCGGAGCCUAACGCUAGGAGGAUGUCAUGCCCUUGGAGGAGUGGUUGAGUGACUGACUUAUUCCCCUCAUAUUGUUUUUCGGUGGCUAUACACAUCUAGAGAUGCAAGUGUCAUUUGGUUAGCUAGCAAGAACUUGAACGACUGUUAUUCAGUUAGCAUAUCUCUUGCGUUUGCAAAUUCACUCUGGCUAUCUACUCCAAUUUCAGUGCACUCUUGUCUGAGUGUGCCAGAGCCCAGAAUAACGGAUGAAUUUACACUUGCGGAAUAUGACCAGUGUCAGUAAACAUAUGCAAAGAAGGUAAUAGUUAAUCACAAACACUUUAGUUAACAUGUGAACAGCCUAACCAGCUCUGCUACGCUGAGUGAAAUGGUCAGUGAGGUGUUCUCUCAUUUGUGUCUGGAAGUAGCUAGCUAGCAAGCUAGCCAACUUCAGCCAGUUAGUUUGGGUGCUUUGUUGGGACAAGCAUGUAUUGGCAGGCAAGCUGUAGAAUGACAAGUAGGCUACAAUUCCCCAUUUGUUUAUCAGUGCAAUUUUGACAGCCAACUAGCUGAACAAGUUUGAGAGGGUUUACAGUUGUCCGAAGUUUACAUACACCUUAGCCAAAUGCAUUUAAACUCAGUUUUUCACAAUUCCUGACAUAUAAUCCUAGUAAAAAUUCCCUGUCUUUGGUCAGUUAGGAUCACCACUUUAUUUUAAGAAUGUGAAAUGUCAGAAUAAUAGCAGAGUAUUUCUAGGACAUUUCUCUAAAAAGUACGAUCUUUGUCCCCAUGUGCAGUUGCAAAUCGUAGUCUGGCAUUUUUAUGGCGGUUUUGGAGCAGUGGCUUCUUCCUUGCUGAGCGGCCUUUCAGGUUAUGUCGAUAUAGGAGUUGUUUUUCUGUGAAUAUAGAUACUUUUGUACCUGUUUCCUCCAGCAUCUUCACAAGGUCCUUUGUUGUUCUGGGAUUGAUUUGCACUUUCCGCACCAAAGUACGUUCAUCUCUAGGAGACGGAACACGUCUCCUUCCUGAGCGGUAUGAUGCCUGCAUGGUCCCAUGGUGUUUAUACUUGGGUACUAUUGUUUGUACAGAUGAACAUGGUACCUUCAGGCGUUUGGAACUUGCUCCCAAGGAUGAACCAGACUUGUGGAGGUUUUACACAUUUUUUUCUGAGGUCUUGUCUGAUUUCUUUUGAUUUUCCCAUGAUGUCAAGCAAAGAGUUUGAAAGUAGGCCUUGAAAUACAUCCACAGGUACACCCCCAAUUGACUCAAAUGAUGUCAAUUAGCCUAUCAGAAGCUUCUAAAGCCAUGACAUCAUUUUCUGGAAUUUUCCAAGCUGUUUAAAGGCACAGUCAACUUAGUAUAUGUAAACUUCUGACCACCUGGAAUUGUGAUACAGUGAAUUAUAAGUGAAAUAAUCUGUCUGUAAACAAUUGUUGGAAAAAUGACUUGUCAUGCACAAAGUAGAUGUCCUAACUGACUUGCCAAAACUAUAGUUUGUUAACAAGAAAUUUGUGGAGUGGUUGAAAAACUAGUGUUAAUGAUUCCAACCUAAGUGUAUGUAAACUUCUGACUUCCAACUGUAUCUAUUGUCCCUUUUGUUAGAUUUUAGCUCAUCUUGCUCAGCCUAGCAUUAGUUGUUCUUGUUGAUUUGCAUGACUGAGGGAGAGAGGGCCCACCUCUCAAUGGUUGUAAAGUUCCCAAAUGUAAGAGGACUCUGUGGUGUUUACGUAUUUGCAGAAAUCCAUUCAGGUAUAUUUUUGUUGCUUUUAUCAAAUGUGCUCAAAUGAUCUAAAGUUGCGCUGUUGUAGCUGCCUGGAAACACACAGUCCAGUUCAAAGUGAAUGCUGGCACGCCUGUCUGGCAAAUGGCUUGUUUGUAUAAAGCCCUUACUGUAGCUCUGAUUGCCUACAGCACACCAGUCUGUGUAGACUCCGGUCUUGGACAAGACAGAUGUUUUUAUUAGUUUUUUUUACUGCGGUGUCUAUUACUUGUCCAAACUCACUGCCAAUUUCCCACUCUAUAUUGCUGUAGAAAUUUCACAACCACCUUAGUAUAUGUAAAUCCCAAACAUUCUAAGAAUUUAUGAAAAAAAUGUGAAAAUGACAUUAUCUAAGUGCUUGUCAGAAUGUUUCUAAGUGUCAUUCUUCCUGGGGGUGUAUAUGAACACAUUUUAAUACGAUUUCAUAUUU